AUGAAUCUGUGUCAAAUGGACAAAAGGAAGAAAGGAUCCGCAAAGGAACUGCGGGUGAUGGUGGUCGGCAGCAGCGGACCCUCUCAGUUCCAAUUAACCAACGCUAUAUUUGGAAAAGAGGCGUUUUCGAAGGAUGUCACCAGUAUUUUUGCCAGCAUGAAGAACAGGGGGGAGCUGGCUGGCAGACCUGUGGCUGUGGUCAAUGGACCAAACAUCUACGACAAGGAUUUAUCUUACGCAAAGAAGAAGAUAGAGCUGAGGAGGUCAAUGUGCCUCUGUAUACCUGGUCCGCAUGCCUUUCUUAUUGCCUUUGACAUGGAAAAUAUAUCUCUGAAUGACAUGAGAACUCCCAGACUACUAAAGAAACGCUUUGGAGCAAACUGUCUGAAACACUGCAUGGUCCUUUUCGCGUAUGAAGGAAAUCUGGACAGAGCUGCUUUAGAAAACAGGGUGAAGAAGACCGACUGGUACCUGAGGGAGCUGAUCGAGAAGUACGGCGGACGCUUUCACGUGUUUAAAAAGAACUGGAGAGAUCAAAGCCAGAACAAGGAGCUGCUGAGGAAGAUCGAGCUGAUGGUGGCCUCUUUGGGAGGGGGUCACUUCUCUAGCAGAACUUUCCAAAAGGCAGAGGACAGUGUCAAGAAGGAAGAGAGGAAGCUCAGGAAGCGAAGGGCAGAGGAGAUAGAGACGACGUGGAAUGAGAUGGAGCCGCAGUACAUGGCGGAGGAGCUGUGCGUCCAGAAGGAUGCAUACGUUGCUCACGUCGGUGCAGAGAUCCAAGCCAAAGCAGAGCUCGAUAACGGGUGGCUCCGCACCUCCCUGGCCAGAGGACUUGGAACAGGCUUGGUUGUCGGGGCUGUGAUAGGGACACUUUUUGGUUCUAUUGAAGGGCCAGGAGGGAUGGUGCUCUAUGGGUUUAUUGGUGGGGCGGUAGGUGCUUCUGCAGGGGGGACUGCUCAGGUGGCAAUAAAGCACAUGGAGAACAGAGUGACCCCACCUGCUAGACUCAACUUCAAUUCAAUCUUCAUCAACCGCUUCUUCGCAGCUUCUUGGACACGACAGCACAAAGAAACAGUGACAAGCUUAUAA